AUGGGUGCCGCCCUACGUAAGGAAGCGUCCGAGUACUUCACGGCGGCGCUGACGUCCGACGCCGCCGCCGCCCCUGGCGAGUCGGAGUUCCUUGAAAAGGUGAAGCAGUAUGAGCGCGGUCUCUGCGGUGGCUCGGAGCUCUACGGCAUGGCGGAGCCGAUCGCCGCCGCGGUGAUGAGCAAGGCCGCCGAGACGGGGCGCGUGCGCUGGCUGCUGCGGCUGUGUAGCGAGGUCAUGCGCCGGUGUGUUGAAGCCCCCUACGGCGUAGAUGCCAGCACGCCGGCGGUGCUGCACCUCGCGGAGGUGCUGCUGCGCCACAUCCUGCGGCUGACGAAAGGGCAGUCUGCGGAGCUUGUCGGUGUCCUGGAGGCGGUCGGGGCACGCGGUGAGACGACGCCGUCGAACAGCGCGCCAUGUGAGGACACCGCCGCGCUGCUGUGCCGUAUGGCAUUCGCUUUCUUGGUGAGCGUGCCGCUUGACUCGGCGACGGUGGCGACGCACUUAGAAGUGCUGCGACUGCUGCUGACGAUGACGUCGUCGGCGCUGCACCACGGCACGGACUUUCAGGAGGACACCAUGGACCUCUUCACGGAGCUGAUGAUGUCGUCGCCGCUGCUGGGCGACUGCCUUGCCGUACUGCUCCAGACUGUCGUCUCGUGGGGAAGGCCAGGCUGGACGGCGCAGUCGCCGGUGCUCUACCAUGAAGGGCAUCAGCCCUCUUUCCUCAACCUGUUCAACAUCUUUAGCACCACCGUCACUGCGCCCCGGCUCGCGAGCGACAAGGCUGCGUAUGUGCUUGAGGUGCCGAGCUCGACCAUGGUCAAGGCCUCCGCCGCCGCCAUUGGCGCUGGUGGGCCUAGCGCGCUGAAGGCCGGCGCGCUCCCCAAGGACCCUGCCGCGGUGCUGGUAAACAGCUGUAGCUGCUGGGAGCAGGUGGGUCGCCACGCGACGGCGCUGCUGUGUGUGCUGAUCGUUCAUCAAAAAGGCAGUGGCCGGAACCCGGCCCUCGAGUACGUGACGGCGACACGGGACGGCAGCCCGGUGUCCUUCGCCGCCCUGCUCUCGGCCAUCCGGUGUCAACUGACAAGCUUCCCGCAGCUGUCGAUCUUGCUCUAUGUGCUACUGCACGACCAUUGCGAGUUCCUGCAUACGGUGCUGGCCGAGGAUGCUGCUCUGCUCGUGUCGACGCUGCAGCAGCUGCUGGAGAUAACGAACAAGACGUGCAGGGUCACAACGCGGCUCGCCACGUCGUUGGCUGCCGAUGCAGCCGAUGACGUGCUGCAGAAUGCCGUGCUGGGGCGGAUCAUCUUCCAGCUCCGCGUUUUUUCGUACCCCUUCAUCAACUUCAUGUCGAGUACGCUGCUGCUGCUCGUCUCGCAGGACCGCGUCGUGAACCGGCUGCUGUGCAACACGCCUUGCCUUGGCAGGCACUUGCUGGAGCGCUACGACGCAAGCGCCUCUGUCGGCGCGCUUGCCGUUGUCGUGCUCUCGCGUGGCAUCAUCAAGGGGCUGAAUGAGCGCAACGAGGCGCUCGUCGCCGUGUUUGCCCCGUGCCUUGUGAACCUCGUCCCGUUCUUGCACGACAUGGACACGUACACGGCGCAGCGCGUGUGUGCGUUGCUGACAACGGCGCUGAAGAAGAUACACCGCGCCAGCGCACUCUUGAUGGAGUCUACGGCGGCGGCAGCGGCAACGACGACCGCCGAAGGCCAAACAGGCGGAAGUGUCACGGCAGUGGCAACGACGACCGCCGAGGAUGCCCAGGCGCUGGAGCAGAUCCUCGCCAUGUACGUGCGUCAGCUGCGCAUCAUUUUAGAAGGCGUCGAGGCGCUGCUGCGCGGUGCUGACCGACGCAACGAGCAUCUUAUCUACGAGCUGCUCUACGUCCGCAGCCGCAUCAUCGACGACGCCGAGGCCGCCGUGGAAGCGCAGCGCCCAUACGCCGAGCCAACGAAGCAGCUGCUCGCGAACCUGGCGGAGAUGAUCAAGAACUGCGAAGCGGACAUCGCCAGCUCCAGCCACGCGCAGAGUCCGCAGGAGAUCUUGGCAAUCCUGCGGCGUGGUCAGCAGCAGCAGCACGGCCAAAGCCAGAGCAACAGCAUCAGCGGCAGUAAUGGCAAGGACGUGAGCGGCGGUGGCGGCGACGACGACGACGCGGGCAGCGAAGACCGCCGCGAUGGCGACAGCUGUGAUGGUGGCGGCGGCCACAAAGACGUCAGCUUAUCAAGGGCCGGCAGCUUGUUGUCUGCGUCGGCAGUGGAGACGAGCAUCGCCGCAGACGCGAUGGCGGGCGCAGAUGGCGCUUCCGUCGAUCUCGUGUACAGUUACGAGGAGUUACCGCACAGCUACGACUUCUUUGGGCCGUUUGUGUGGGCGACGUUGUUGAGCGCUGGCCAGUUGCCCGGUGGGGCGCUGUGGUGUCGCCAGAGCAACGAGCUUCCGCUGUUCCCGCAUUGA